CGGGGCGGGUCCCUGACAGUGCUGAAGUGCUGACAUCGACCUCUUGGACAGCGGCGACCGCAGCUCCUUUGGCAGCUUGCUUGUUCUGCUCACGCCCAAUGUGUGGAGCAGCCCUGCCGUACUCGCAGCGCUACAGCGCCGUGGCGGCGCAGCGACCCGUGCUGCUGCUGUACGUGCCGGCUGCGGACGCGGCAUGCCACGUGGCGGAGCCGCCCACGGCCGCCUCGCCGCCGGCGGAGCUGCUGCGGCUGGCGCGGGAGGUGGGAUUGGACUUGGGGGCGCUGAUUGCUGCUGCGCCGGGCGAUGUGGCGCGCGUGUUUGAGGACGUUGAGGCCAUCCCCUACCGGCUGCACCCCUACGCGGAGGCUGCGGCGGUACGGCACCUGGUGCAGAUGGCGGGAUGCGGCUCCCGGCUGGGUCGGGAGCAGGUGCACAGCGUACUGCAGUCCUACCUCGAGACUGUGGGACUCGCGCAAUGCGCAGCCGCCUCCCGGCCUCUACCUGCCGCCCGGCGCAUCCCACCCCUGCUACUACUACGAAGGCGUUGCGCUGCAGACCACACGAGGUGGCGCGUCGGAGCCGUGCCUCAGGGGCUGGUACCAGGCGAGCGUUACCUUCGUACCGGAGGCAUGCCCAGCAGCAGCCGGUGGGGGGGCUCGCUGCUGGUGCAGGUGAUGGCGGUGGGGCGGAGGAGGGUGGCGGCCGCGACAAGGAGGGAGGUGAUGCAGCCG